GCGGCGGUGCGGUAGAACUGCAGUUAGUGACUGAGAGAGUAAAAUGGGUGGACGGAAAGUCCCCGUGUGGAAAUCCCCUUGACUUGGAGUUUUUUGUCUCCUUUUUUUAAAAACGAGCACCAGCGGAUGAGUGUAGUCUUUCGAAAGGACUCCUCCGAGCCACCAGAGCUCUGAAUAAGACGUUAUAGUGGAGGGGGGAGAAAAAAAAAGAGAGGCUUGAAUGGCGCCGAGAGCCGCAGCGGUGAGGCUGAGUGAAGUGGCUGAGAGUGGACUAGCCUGAGCAUCCGGGGAGGCUUUGUUAUCACCCACCCCCCUCCCCCGACAUAUUACACAGAUUUCACGUUGCUCCAUCAUCGCCGCUUAGUGUCUCGUCCUCCUCCUCGAUCCUCUUCCUCCCUUCCUUCCACUCUCCCGUCCGUCCGCCAUGUCGCAGGGCCAGAACUUCCUCCCCAAAUUCCUGUUCGUGUCCAACCUACUGAAAGCGGUGAAGAUCCGUCAGCGCGUCCCCAACGACGUGGUGAAGCCCGCCACCAGCGGGGGCCUCAUGCACCACCUGCGGGGGAUGCACCGCUACACGCUGGAGAUGAUCGCCAUGAACCACUUCCCCCAGGCCUUCAGGGAGGUGGUGCAAGCCGCUAUCCUGGACCGGGCCAUGCAGGCGUCUUUGGAGCAGGAGAAGAAGCUCAACUGGUGUCGGGAACUGAAGAAGAUGGUGCCGCUGCGCACCAACGGAGACGGGAACUGUUUGCUGCAUGCAGCUUCGCAGUACAUGCUCGGCGUCCAGGACACAGACCUGGUUCUCCGCAAAGCUCUCCACGGCGUUCUGAAAGAGACGGACACGGCUGUGUUCAAGGCUCGUUUCCAGGCGGAGCUGCUGCAGUCGCAGGAGUUCACCCAGACAGGACUGAGAUACACCACUAUGAACUGGGAAGACGAGUGGGACAAGAUCGUAAAGAUGGCGUCUCCGGUCUCUAGUAGCAAUGGGCUCCAGUUUGACUCCCUGGAAGACAUUCACAUCUUCAUCCUCUCCAACAUCCUCCGCAGACCCAUUGUCGUCAUCGCAGACCAGGUGGUGAGGAGUAUGAAAUCUGGCUCCUCCAUCUCCCCUCUGAAUGUGGGUGGGAUUUAUCUGCCUCUACACUGGCUGCCCACGGAGUGCUACAAAUACCCGAUAGUGCUUGGCUAUGACUCGCAACACUUCGCACCCCUCAUCACCGUCAAAGACAGCGGUCCAGAGAUCCGCGCUGUUCCGCUGAUCAACCCUAAGAGGGUGGGCUUCGAGGAGCUGAAGGUCCAUUUCCUGACGGAGAAGGAGCAAACGCAGAAAGAGCGGCUGCUUAACGACUACCUGCAACUCAUAGAGAUCCCCGUCAUCGGUUUGGGUCAUGAAACCGCGUGGAUCAUGAAAGCUGCAAAGCUGGAUGAGGGUAACCUUCCUGAAGACAUGAACCUGAUGGAGGACUACCUGCAGCUGGUCAACCAUGAGUACCAGCGCUGGCAGGAGGACAAGGAGCAGGCCUGGGCCGCCCAGCCGCAGCGACCGCCGCCUUUCUCCGUGUCCCAGCUCUCCCUCAUCGAGAUCCGCUGCGCCACGCCGAGGUGCACCUUCUAUGUCUCCGUGGACACGCAGCCUCAUUGCCACGAAUGCUUUGAGAAGCGACAGGCCACCACAGGAGGCGGGGCCAGGAUAGAAGGGGUGGUUCAGACCAAGGGCGUUCAGGGAGGACUGGGAAUGAUGGCAGGAGCGGAGACGGAGGUGAGCUCCAGAGGAGCCCGAAGCAGCAGCCCUCCUUGCUCUUCCUCUGGGAGAGGGGUGGUGCUGUCGAGUCCUCGCUCUGCCCCGCCCACCGCACCAAGCCUCAGCCUUUACAGCGAAACACACGCCAUGAAGUGCAAAACACCCGGCUGCCUCUUCACCCUCAGCGUGGAGCACGACGGCCUCUGCGAGCGCUGCUUCAACGCCAGGCAGAACCACGGGCCCCCCGGGGCUGGAACGGCUGCUACAGGACCCCCGGCCUCAAACGGGGCGCCUAUCGCUUCCCACCCGGCCCAAGGCCCUGGCUGGACCCAGUGGGCGGGCUGCGACUCGGAGACGGAGCGAUGCAGCAUGUGCAGGCAGGAGGUGUUCAGGAUAUUCAACGGCCUGUGUCCGCCCUGCAUGCAGAGGCAGCAGGCCCCAGAGAGGGGGGAGCCGCAGCAAGGCAACCACGGGACUGAGGCCUCGGCUUGGAGCCAGGCCAGAGACAUUGAGCAGCCGUGCCUCACCCUCACCCCAGCACACACGUCCGCCUGGCAGACUCCUCUGGCCCAGCGCUGUAAACGAUCCGGCUGCCAGUUCUUUGGGACUCCGGAGAAAUUGGGUUUCUGCACUAUUUGCUAUGUAGACUAUCAGACCAACCACCGCUUGACUCCUCCCCCUCCUGCCCCAGUCCAAAGCAGGCGAGGUUUGGAGACGGGUUUCCAGAACGCAACGCGGUGUCGGGGGUCCGGGUGCGGGGCGGUGGGCAAGGCGAUGCUGGAGGGCUACUGUGAUAAGUGCUACGUCAAAGAGCAAAGCGCACGUCUUAAUCAAGUGGCGCAUCGAACGCCACACUCCCCCCCUCUGGUCAUGCGUGACCGAGCAGCUAAACCCAGAUCCUCGCAGCAAUCCCAAACCCAGACCCAGACUCAGUGCCGGCGGAGCGGCUGCAGCAACGUGUCCCCGGGUUGCACGGACCUCUGCCCGGAGUGCCACACGCGAGGCCAGGGCAGGGAAGCAGGCAGGCGGGCGCAGGCGCCCAAGGAAAAAUCCAAGCAGAAGUGUCGGACGCAGGGCUGCGACCACUAUGCCAACCAAGAGAAACAGGGCUACUGCAACGAGUGUGACCACUUCAAACAGAUCUACCGCGGCUGAGCGCGCCGCAGCACACCACGCCGACGAGGACGACCACACAUUGGUAGCAAGAUGGAGCCUCCGCCCUGCAGCGGGCUCCCCAUGCCAGUCAAUGCACCUCUGAUACUAACUAACCAACUAACUAACUAGCUAGUGACUAACUAGUAACCUUAUGGCCUGAAAAUCAACCCCCUCCCCUAAUGUCGAAUGUGAAGAGAGUGUGUGUCCGAGGGGGAGGGGAUGAAUGAGUGUGUGUUUUGUUUUUGUGUUUGUUUGUUGUUUUUUUUGCUGUAGACAUGGCCUCCAGAAUACCUCUUUGUGCAAUUAUUAUCAUCUGAUUCGCUGUGUGCUCUUACACGGCCCGAGGUUUGGCUCCAUGUCCGACCAACUGACUGAACCCUUAUGUACAGUAUGUAUUUAGAGGUACGUAGGGAAUCGUGCCGGACAAAAUGAUUGUAUAUUGGCUUAACAAGAAGCAUCUGACAUUGCUUUAUAGACCACAGCCAAGGAUUUUUACCGUGUCUGUCUGUCUUAACCCACCUGUGUUAUCCGUCUGCCCGUCUGUCUAGCGUUUGCUCUGUUUUGAAGUGAUAGAUGCAGUAGUUCGGAAAGCCUGGCUAAGAAGUCAGAGGAAGUAAGAAGCAGAAGUGAAAUCAAACUGAGCAGAUGCAAUGGUCCUCACAUGUUUGGAGUUCAAUUGGCCUAAAUCUGUCCUUAGGCAUGGGCCGGUGUGAGAAUAAGAAAAUAUGUCAACCUUGACUUAAAAUACAGUUUUGCACACGAAUGUUUGAGGCAAGAGGUACUUGUUUUUGUUGAAGAAAACAGA